GUCGUCGCAGCAAUCUCUGUCUCUGGUGCGUGUCAGAGCGAAGCGCCAUUUUGUCGGCGACCAUAUUGCGAUCCGUGGCUGCGGUGCUGUGGCUGUACGCACUCGGUCACAAGACAGCCCUACUACCAACAUGACUGAUAUAAAGAAUUUUCUUUAUGCUUGGUGUGGAAGUAAGAAAAAAAUUCCUAGUUAUAACAGCCAUGCAUCCAUGAACAAAUUUGGACGGAGAAUUACGAGUGAGGUUCAGGUCGAUGGAUAUGAUUACCUGGGCAAGGGGAUUUCUAACACCAAAAAGGAGUCUCAGAGAAAUGCAGCCAGAGACUUUGUAAAAUACCUGGUUCAAAUGGGCGAAAUCAAAAGUGACGAAUUACCGUCAAUCGCGGCUGGGCAGGAAGAUGCUACAGAUGGAUUUCAGACAAUAGAAGCUGGAGGAUUACAUAGCUAUUUUGGAGGGCCAUUGCCUGACUUGACUUCGCAGCCAGAAGCUGGUGGCGCACCUGCUUUCGGCAAUACGUGGUACGGUCCUUAUGGUGCGAAUUGUGAUUAUGGAGCCAACCAGAUGGAUUAUUAUGCGGAGGGAGAAGAACAGGAGGAUUAUACUCUGGAUUCUGAAGACCCGGACUCGAAUGCAGAACUGCAUGGGAAGUGGACACUUGAGAAUGCAAAAGUCCGUCUUAAUAGUUUCUUUCAGAAAGAAAAGAUACCAGCAAAAUACAAGUACAUCCAAAUGGGGCCUGAGCACACCAGGAGCUUUGUUGCAGAACUGACCCUGCCUGUUAAGCAGCUUGGACUAAUCCUCCAUGCCCAAGGACCUGGCACCAAUAAGAAAUUAGCUGCACAGUCUUGUGCCCUGUCAAUGGUGCGCCAGUUGUAUCACUUGGGAGUUAUUGAACCAUACUCAGAACAAACGAAGAAGAAGGAAGAAGGAGCUGUAGUGCCAUACGAUGUGAAGCUUAGUACUGAUGACAAAAAGCAACUACUUGAUGUUCUUAAAGAGCUGAACAUUGAGUUACCCAGUCCUCCUCAGAAUCCCAGUCAGCCUGUGUCCCUCAAUCUAGGACAGUUGGUCCAUACUGAAUCAUCUCAGCAGCAGAGUCAUUCUGGAGUGGUCGCAUGGUCACCGCCUCAGGAGAAUUGGAACCCAUGGACCAGCAGCAAUAUUCAUGAUGGGCCUCUGGCAUUUGCAACCCAAGAGCAGAUCAGUGCAGAUUUGAAAAAGGAGCGGCUGGAACAAGAUGAGGUCUUGCAGCAGAUUUAUAGUGAACGGGAGUCUUUGCCGGUCAAGAGGUUUGGGGCUGAGAUUUUAGAUGCUAUACGCAAUCAUUCUGUGGUAAUCAUUCAAGGCGCUACUGGAUGUGGCAAAACCACCCAGGUCCCACAGUACAUUCUGGACGAGUACAUCCGUAAUGGCCGAGCAGCUCAGUGUAACAUUGUGGUGACUCAGCCACGAAGGAUCAGUGCAGUGACUGUGGCAGAACGCGUCGCCUUUGAGAGGGGAGAAGAUGUUGGGAAAAGCUGUGGAUUCAGUGUGCGUUUUGAGUCUAUACUCCCUCGUCCUCACGCUAGUGUCCUGUUCUGCACAGUCGGUGUACUCCUGAGGAAACUUGAGUCUGGCAUUCGAGGAAUCAGUCAUGUCAUUGUAGAUGAAAUCCAUGAGCGCGACACUAACACUGACUUCUUGAUGGUGGUCCUGCGUGAUGUGAUUAAAGCUUUCCCAGACAUUAGAGUUAUCCUUAUGUCUGCCACUAUAGACACCACCUUGUUCCGUGAAUAUUUCUUCAACUGUCCGAUCAUUGAGGUGCACGGACGAACUUUUCCUGUGCAAGAGUAUUUCCUUGAAGACUGCAUUGAGAUGACUCGAUUCAUUCCCCCUCCAAGAAAAAUAAAACAGGAUGAGGUUAGAGAUGACAAUGAGAUCAAUUGUAAUGUCAUAUGUUCUGAUGAUUACUGCCCAGAGACAAUGCGUUCAAUGGCACAGAUGAGGGAGAAAGACACUCCAUUCGAACUCAUAGAAGCUCUUUUGGAAUAUAUUGAAACACUGAACGUACCUGGAGCUGUGUUGGUGUUUUUGGCUGGUUGGAAUCUCAUUUACCUCAUGCAAAAGCAUCUUCAGAGGAAUCCUCAUUUUGGCAGCCACCGUUAUCGAAUUUUGCCACUUCAUUCCAAAAUCCCACGAAAGGAUCAAAGAAAGGUGUUUCUGCCAGCUCCAGAUGGCGUAACCAAGGUUAUUCUAUCCACAAAUAUUGCUGAGACCAGUAUCACUAUAAACGAUGUUGUUUUUGUCAUCGAUUCCUGCAAGCAAAAAAUUAAACUAUUUACGGUGCACAACAACAUGACCAACUUUGUCACAGUCUGGGCUUCCAAAACCAACCUGGAGCAGAGGAAGGGAAGAGCAGGGCGCGUGCGGGCCGGCUUCUCUUUCCACUUGUGCAGCAGGGCACGCUAUGAGUGUUUGGAUGCUAACCUUACCCCAGAAAUAUUACGUACGCCUCUGCACGAGGUUUCUCUGAGCAUUAAACUUCUACGACUGGGAGACAUUGGUGAGUUUCUGGCAAAGGCUAUAGAGCCUCCUCCACUGGAUGCUGUGAAAGAAGCAGAACGCACACUAAGAGAGCUGAAUGCAUUGGACGCCAAUGAUGAGCUGACUCCUCUGGGAAGAAUUUUGGCAAAACUGCCAAUAGAGCCGCGACUGGGAAAGAUGAUGAUCAUGGGCUGUAUCUUGUAUGUUGGCGAUGCUGUUUGCACGAUAUCUGCUGCCGCCUGUUUCCCAGAGCCAUUCAUCAGCGAAGGCUAUAGGUUGGCAGAUGUGCAUAUGGACUUUGCUGGCACUCGAUUUUCUGACCACGUGGCGCUGCUGUCUGUGUUUCAGGCCUGGGACGAUGCAAGACUGGAAGGCUUAGAAGCAGAAAUUAUGUUUUGUGAGGAGAGGCGUCUCAACAUGUCGACUCUGCGUAUGAUGUGGGAAGCAAAAGCGCAGCUCAAAGACAUCUUGGAAAAUGUUGGGUUCCCUGAAGAAUGUUUAAUGAAUCAAGUUAUAGACAAUACUGGUACAGAUAAUUACCUGGAUGUGGUCAUUUCAUUGAUGGCAUUUGGCAUGUACCCCAACAUUUGCUACCACAAGGAGAAACGAAGAAUCCUCACAGUGGAUGGUGAAAGUGCACACAUUCACCUAUCAUCUGUCACUUGUCCUGGCAGCAACCAAGACCCAAAGUAUCCAUCCCCAUUCUUUGUCUUCAGUGAAAAGAUCCGUACUGGGUCAAUCACUGCUAGAGGUCUGACCAUGGUGAGUCCUUUGCAGCUGCUCCUCUUCGGCCCCAAGACAGUUAUGUCAGAUGGAGAGAGAAUACUCCUGGAUGAUUGGUUUAAAUUGCUUAUGCCUCAUAAGGAUGCUGCCUGCGUUACUGCACUGAGAUCUGCAAUGGAAGCAUUAACUGUAGAAGUUUCUAAAGACCCAACGGUUUUAUCUCAACUGAGUCCUGUGAAGGUGAAGACGCUGAACAUGAUUCGUCUGCUUUCCAGACCAUCCACAGCUAUAACAACUCCUCUUAUGGGAAAAUCCAAAUUUGGAGGUCUGCCUCGUCCACCUAAAAUGGCCCGUCUUGAUAGUGGUUUCCAAGAUAACCAAGGUGGUGGCUUCCAUGGAGGUUCCGGUUUAGGAGGAGGCAAUCAAGCAGGUGGCUUCAGAGGAAGGAACCAACGAGGCGGAUUCAGAGGCGAGGAACAAGAUGCUGGUCUUAGAAGUGAGACACGAGGUGGCAGCCCCAGAGGCGGGACACAAGGUGGCUUCUCUAGAGGCGGGACACGAGAUGGCGACACCAGAGGCAGGACACUGGAUGGCGACUCCAGAGGCGGGACACUGGGUGGCGACACCAGAGGCUGGACACUGGGUGGCGACACCAGAGGCCGGACACUGGGUGGGGACACCAGAGGCCGGACACUGGGUGGGGACACCAGAGGCCGGACACUGGGUGGGGACACCAGAGGCCGGACACUGGGUGGGGACUCGAGAGGCGGGACACUGGGUGGGGACUCGAGAGGCGGGACACUGGGUGGGGACGCGAGAGGUGGGACACUGGGUGGGGACUCAAGAGACGGGACACAGGCUGGUUACUCAAGAGGCGGGACACAGGCUGGUUACUCAAGAGGCGGGACACAGGCUGGUUACUCAAGAGGCGGGACACAGGCUGGUUACUCAAGAGGCGGGACACAGGCUGGUUACUCAAGAGGCGGGACACAGGCUGGUUACUCCAGAGGCGGGACACAAGGUGGCUACUCCAGAGGCGGGACACAGGAGGUUGAUAGUGGUUUCCAAGAUAACCAAGGUGGUGGCUUCCAUGGAGGUUCCGGCUCAGGAGGUGGCUCUAGUGGAUCUGGCUAUCAAGAGUUUAUAGGUGGAGGCUCCAGGGGUGGCAAUCAAGGAGGUGGCUUCAGAGGCCAGGAACAAGAUGCUGGUCUUAGAAGUGGGACACUGGCUGGUGACUCCAGAGGCGGGACACUGGCUGGUGACUCCAGAGGCGGGACACUGGCUGGUGACUCCAGAGGCGGGACACUGGCUGGUGACUCCAGAGGCGGGACACUGGCUGGCGUCUCCAGAGGCGGGACACUGGCUGGCGUCUCCAGAGGCGGGACACUGGCUGGCGUCUCCAGAGGCGGGACACUGGCUGGCGUCUCCAGAGGCGGGACACUGGCUGGCGUCUCCAGAGGCGGCACACUGGCUGGCGUCUCCAGAGGCGGCACACUGGCUGGCGUCUCCAGAGGCGGCACACUGGCUGGCGUCUCCAGAGGCGGCACACUGGCUGGCGUCUCCAGAGGCGGCACACUGGCUGGCGUCUCCAGAGGCGGCACACUGGCUGGCGUCUCCAGAGGCGGCACACUGGCUGGCGUCUCCAGAGGCGGCACACUGGCUGGCGUCUCCAGAGGCGGCACACUGGCUGGCGUCUCCAGAGGCGGCACACAGGAGGUUGAUAGUGGUUUCCAAGAUAACCAAGGUGGUGGCUUCCAUGAAGGUUCCAGCUUAGGAGGUGGUUCUAGUGGAUCUGGCUAUCAAGAGUUUAUAGGUGGAGGCUUCAGGGGUGGCAAUCAAGGAGGUGGCUUCAGAGGCCAGGAACAAGAUGCUGGUCUUAGAAGUGGGACACAGGGUGGCUACUCCAGAGGCGGGACACAGGGUGGCUACUCCAGAGGCGGGACACAGGGUGGCUACUCCAGAGGCGGGACACUGGGUGGCGACUCCAGAGGCGGGACACUGGCUGGUUACUCCAGAGGCGGGACACUGGCUGGUUACUCCAGAGGCGGGACACUGGCUGGCGACUCCAGAGGCGGGACACUGGCUGGCGACUCCAGAGGCGGGACACUGGCUGGCGACUCCAGAGGCGGGACACUGGCUGGCGACUCCAGAGGCGGGACACUGGCUGGUUACUCCAGAGGCGGGACACUGGCUGGCGACUCCAGAGGCGGGACACUGGCUGGCGACUCCAGAGGCGGGACACUGGCUGGUUACUCCAGAGGCGGGACACUGGGUGGCUACUCCAGAGGCGGGACACAGGAGGUUGAUAGUGGUUUCCAAGAUAACCAAGGUGGUGGCUUCCAUGGAGGUUCCGGCUCAGGAGGUGGCUCUAGCGGAUCUGGCUAUCAAGAGUUUAUAGGUGGAGGCUUCAGGGGUGGCACUCAAGGAGGUGGCUUCAGAGGAGGGAACCAAGGUGGCGGUUUCAGAGGUGAGGGACAAGAUGCUGGUCUUAGAAGUGGGGCACAAGGUGGCUACUCCAGAGGCGGGACACAAGGUGGCAACUCCAGAGGUGGGACACAGGAGGUUGAUAGUGGUUUCCAAGAUUACCAAGGUGGUGGAUUCCAUGGAGGUACCGGCUCAGGAGGUGGCUCUAGUGGAUCUGGCUAUCAAGAGUUUAUAGGUGGAGGCUUCAGGGGUGGCAAUCAAGGAGGUGGCUUCAAGGGAGGGAACCAAGGUGGCGGAUUCAGAGGCGAGGUACAAGAUGCUGGUCUUAGAAGUGGUACACAAGGUGGCUAUUCCAGAGGCGGGACACAAGGUGGCUACUCCAGAGGUGGGACACAGGAGGUUGAUAGUGGUUUCCAAGAUAACCAAGGUGGUGGCUUCCAUGAAGGGGCCGGCUCAGGAGGUGGCUCUAGUGGAUCUGGCUAUCAAGAGUUUAUAGGUGGAGGCUUCAGGGGUGGCAAUCAAGGAGGUGGCUUCAGGGGAGGGAACCAAGGUGGCGGAUUCAGAGGCGAGGAACAAGAUCCUGGUCUUAGAAGUGGGACACAAGGUGGCUACUCCAGAGGUGGGACACAAGGUGGCUACUCCAGAGGCGGGACACAGGAGGUUGAUAGUGGUUUCCAAGAUAUCCAAGGUGGUGUCUUCCAUGGAGGUUCCGGCUCAGGAGGUGGAUCUGGCUAUCAAGAGUUUAUAGGUGGAGGCUUCAGGGGUGGCAAUCAAGGAGGUGGCUUCAGAGGAGGGAACCAAGGUAGUGGAUUCAGAGGCGAGGAACAAGAUGCUGGUCUUAGAAGUGGGACCCAAGGUGACAGCCCCAGUGGCGGGACCCAAGGUGACAGCCCCAGUGGCGGGACCCAAGGUGACUGCCCCAGUGGCGGGACCCAAGGUGACGGCCCCAGUGGCGGGACCCAAGGUGACGGCCCCAGUGGCGGGACCCAAGGUGACGGCCCCAGUGGCGAGACCCAAGGUGACUGCCCCAGUGGCGGGACCCAAGGUGACGGCCCCAGUGGCGGGACCCAAGGUGACAGCCCCAGUGGCGGGACCCAAGGUGACAGCCCCAGAGGCGAGACCCAAGGUGACAGCCCCAGAGACGGGACCCAUGGUGACAGCCCCAGAGGCUGGACACAGGAGGUUGAUAGUGUUUUCCAAGAUAACCAAGAUGGUGGCUUCCAUGGAGGUUCUGGUUCAGGAGGUGGUUCUAGUGGAUCUGGCUAUCAAGAGUUUAUAGGUGGAGGCUACAGGGGUGGCAAUCAAGGAGGUGGCUUCAGAGGUGGAAACUAAGGUGGCGGUUUGAGGCUGAAAUCAAGUUUGGUGGAUAAUGAGGUGGUUUAUAGUUUUGGAGUAAACUACCAAGGAGGAGGACCUAAAACCAGUCAAGUGGUGGGUUCUGAGGACUUUUUAUGUAUAUUUUUUCUUUACCCUGUGUGUUCCAAAAUUUUAAGCAGUGGAAAUGUUUUUUGCAUGUUGUUGCUUUGACAACCAGUAAAUACAGCCUUUGUACAAUUAUUGUUUACUUUCAGUUUUUGUAUUUGCUUUUUAACUUGAUUUGAUUGUAGGCAAAAAAAUAAACCUUAGAAAACUUACUUUCUAAUAAAUCCUGAUUUUUAUAAA